UCCGGGGACGCCUCAGCAAUAUGCGCGGCGCGCCACUCGCGUUUGGAACAGCCGCACACAAGACCCCAAGGACACAAGGACUUCACUCGGAGUCUACAUUGCAGACUUCUACUUUGCCCCCAGGCUGGAUUUAAAGCGUCAUUUCAGAAAACACGCCGCCGGAGACCACACUUGAUCUCGAACACGUGGGGGGAAAUCGCGUGGAGUCAUUUUUGGAGACGCAAUUACGCACGGCGAUUGUCCAACAAAUGCCAGCGCCCAAGUUGUGCAUCACGCAUUUUCCCGAGUCCCACAGCUCCCCGCAUAGUAGGGGGACUUUCUUUCUCUCGCCUGCGGGAUGUGGGCCGGAGGACUCCCGGCCGCCGUGGUCGUGACCCUACUCCUGGUCGCCAUGGACGUGCAGGCCAGCGGGGAGUACUGUCACGGAUGGCACGACGCCCAGGGAGCGUGGAAGGAAGGCUUCCAGUGCCCGGAGAAGAUAGACGGCCUGGACGCCAUCAUUUGCUGCGGGAAGUGCGAGCUGCGCUACUGCUGCUCCAGCACGGACGCGCGGCUGGACCAGGGCAACUGCGACAACGACAGGCGGGCCCUGGAACCAGGGAACGAGGGCAAGGAGACUAAGGACUCCGGCGCAGUUCCCAUCUAUGUUCCCUUCCUCAUCGUGGGCUCCGUCUUCGUGGCCUUCAUCCUGGUGGGCUCAGUGGUGGCCAUGUGCUGCUGUCGCUGCCUGCGCCCCAAGCAGGAGAUGGCGGCGGGCGGCUCCGGCGGAGGGGGCCGCCUCCUGGAGACCAUCCCCAUGAUGUCCGGCGCCGCCGGCUCCAGGGGCUCGUCGUCGCGCCAAUCCAGCACGGCAGCGUCGUCCAGCUCCUCCGCCCCGUCCGCCAACGCCCGCCCGGGACCCCAGCCGCCCGCUCCUCUGGUCCGGGCGCAGGCCUCCUGCUGCCUGCCGCCCGACGCCAGCGUCUUCGUCAACAUGCCCACCAACUUCUCCGUUCUCAACUGCCAGCAGGCCACGCAGAUCAUGCCCCACCAGGGACAGUUCCUGCAUCCGCAGUACAUCGGCUACGCCCAUCCGGUGUCCCCCACUUUUAUAGACCCCACCCAAGGUGGGUAUAGACCCCUCCAGUCCCCUUGCCCUCCCCCUCAAGCUGGAGGCUCGAGUGUCGCCAGUGAGCAGAAAUACCCGCCAGUGACAGUGUGACGACUUGUCAAACG